UGGAGCAGGGCUCCUCGGCGAUGGGCUCGCCGUAGAGCGCCCGGCCAGAUGCGUGUCGAACGGCGCCGAGCGGUGUGAACACGUUACUGCUGGGCAAAAAAAAAACAUGUUGUCGUGAGUGCGACAAGUCCCGCGUCGGCGCUUCGCUACAGCGACGGGAGGAGAAAACGCGAGCCAGUAUUUAAAGAGCAGCCGGGCCGGUGAUGGACGAGACGGGGAGCGGGGGACGCGAGCCCGCGGAGCUCCGGUGCGCCGAGCAGGCUGAGCUGCUCUCAUUGAUAAUAAGCGGCGAGGAGGAAGCGACGCCGGAGGAGAGUGACCUGGGAGAAGAGGAUCUUGCCAAUGGCCUUGCCAAUGGCCACGGUGGUGACGAAUCAGGGGUUGCCAUGGUGACACCUGUCACAUCUCCAGGCACCAGCUACUGGAGCAUCACGGAGGGCCCCAAUCACCCGCUCCUCAUCUCCCCGGCCCCAGGGCCCACUGGACGUAAACCCAGAGUCCAGAGGGCCUCGCGCCCAGGCCUCAGUCGGAUCCCCGGUCGGGACCACCGUCGCUACUACCACGAGUACUGGCGCAGCGAGUACCUGAUGGACUUUGACCCCCAGCGGCAUGGGAUGAUCUGCAUGGUGUGCGGCAGCUCACUGGCCACCCUGAAGCUCAGCACCAUAAAGAGGCACAUCAGACAGAAGCAUCCGGACUCGCUGCUGUGGAGUGCAGCCGACAAGGAGGUGAUCCGCUCGGGCUGGGAGAGCCACCUGAGCCUGGGGGGGAGUCAGAGAUCGUACAGCUCCGCUGCCGGACCGGCACCUCAGGAAGAAGAGGAGCAGCUGGACUCUGUCGCAGAAGCCCUGGACUCCGUGGCCCCCCAGGAGCAGCCAGGGCAAACUCUCAGUCUGUCUCCCCAGUCUGAGGAGGUUGACGUCCCACAGCACCUGGAGCAGGAGGACCAGGAUCUCCCCGGACCGUCGGCCCAGACCCUGGAGCGCUACCUGAACGACUCGCUGCACGCCUGGUUCCGCCAGGAGUUUCUGAUGGAGUACGAGGCGGAGGCCGGCCGGCUGCUGUGCAUGGUGUGUGGAGGGGAGCUGCCCUCGCUUCACCUCGACCACAUCAAGAGCCACGUGCUGGACACCCACCCUAACUCCUUGGUGUACAGCUCUGAGGAGAAGCACUGCAUCCUGCAGGCCUGGGCCCAGACUCAUGAAGAUUCAGAAAACUCAAUCAAAUCGGAGCCCAGCACCAAAGAAGGCGGCGUGGACCUAUUCACUCAGGAUGCGGAGGCCAUGCAGAUCAACGCGGACUUGUACCCAGAAAGCGAUGACACUUUAACUCAGGACACGUGUCUCAUCGGCGAGGACGGCGGCGUCGGAGCUCCCCCACAGGGAUCCCAGGCCCUCCGUCAGCCCAGGAAUAGGCAGCUGCACGGGGGCGACCCCUGGCAGCUCCGCCUCGACUACCUGGUGGCCUACGGGCCUCAGGGCCAGGACACUUUCUGCAUGGUAUGUUCUCAGGUCCUGUACGAAACCAAGGUCAGCAGCUUCCGGCGCCACAUCCAGGAAUGUCACCCGGAGACCACAACCCUGAGCCGACAGGAGAGGGAAGCUAUGGCCGCUGCCUGGACCAAAGAUUAUUCGAAUGAAGGCAUGCAAACUGAAGAUGACAUCAUCAUCAGCGAGGCGACUACAGGAGAGACGCAUGAGGACGCCUACCCCGAUGUCAGGACCCCUAGUCAAAUGAUAAAGAAGGAGGAGGGUGUGAGCGGGCGGAAGGGUAAAGCGAGGGACAGCAGCACCGCGGCCACGCCUGCCCGUCACGGCCACUACCCCGGGAAGGACCAGAGGAGGAACUACCAGGUGCACUGGCGGAUGGAGUACCUGAUGGACUACGACUGCAGGAGACACGGGCUCAUCUGCAUAGUGUGCGGAGCCACGCUGGCCACGCUGAAGGUCAGCACCAUCAAGAGGCAUAUCCAACAGGUACACCCCCACUCUCUGCACUACAGCCUGGAGGAGAAGGAGCGAGCCCUGCUGAGCUACAACCAGACGGCCCUGCCCUUCAUCCACUCCGAUGACUGUUUCUCCCAGGAUCACGGACACAACAAGCUGGCUCCCAGUCCAGCUCACCUUGGCACUUAGAAAAGGGCUUCCCUCUGUCGCUUCUCUCUGUUGCAUCUCUCUGUUCCUUCUCCCUGUUGUUUUUCUCUCUGUUGCUCCUCACAAGGCCCGUCUUCAGAAACAGCCCUGUCGCUUUCUUUGUUCAAGGGCAAUUCAGGUCAACUUUGGUCUAACUCUCGUGUUCCUGCUCCUUUGCCCUUUUUGAGUUUGUUCCCCAACCCCGUCUCGUAUGAUCCAAUCAGGUGCUGAUUGUAUCAGACUAGAUGUCACAAUGGACAGUAAUAUAAGAGUAAGACCCAGGUUGAGAAACACUGGAAUUUCCCUUUGAGUCUAAAUCUGAGAGUGUUACUGUGGGUGAAGUGGCAGGUGGCGGCUGCUGCAAAAGGAAAUGACGCAACCUACAAAUGUCAUGGCCUUAAAAACUGAACGUUCAGCCACUCAUUUGCGACUAAAGCCUUAUUUGCACAGGACCAGUAUUACACGAAAGCCUAAUUAAAUUAUUUUGGAAAUGCAGAUUUGCAUGGAUGUGCAAACAUUUUUAGAAAUUUAAUACGAUUAUGAUUAAGAUUAUUAUUACUAUUAGCAAGUGUCAAUAGGUAUAGUUCAUGGUACAUGUCUGUACCAUUGUUACCAUGACUUAAUGAGCCGCUGAUGCGGCUUAAUUAAUUUCCAUGCAUUGGAAAUGUUACUUUACAGAUUACAGAAUAUGUAUGUAAGAAUACAGAUCAAAUAUUGAGUAUUGCAAUUAGGAAAUAUGGCAUGGUCACCAGUUAAAGGCCUGGUAAGACCAGCAUUCAUGAUUUCACAGCACUAUAUUUCAAUCAAAUUGUUGUGUUUUGCAGAUUUUCUCACGCAGGUGAAAACACAUCAAUGCUGAGCAUGAGGUCUAACUUGCACAUGCAAAUUUGUGCCGCUGGCUGAGACCAAACUGCCUUGACAUUGUUGACUUAGUGGCAACAUGGAGCUGGAUUGUCCAAAAAUAGAGGAAAUUAACACAUUAGCUGUGUUGCACCUUCUUCUUUUCGACAUAACCCUCUUCUGGCAAACAAAAGAGGCAUUCAGCCUCUUUUAUGCGACGGACAAUUUUCAUCACGCUCUGGGUGUGAAGUUCAAAUGAUGUUAUCAACAGAAUAGUGAGGUACUGCACUGAUCCAGGUCACACGUCGUGUAAACGUAGGGGGCCCGACCGACUGUUAUCUUUUCACUGCUCAGCCACUGAGAAGACGAUGGAUCGUUGGAAUCUGGGAAGGGAAUCGGCCCAUGUUUCAUGUUCAGACAACAUAUUUGAUAGCUCAUAGCUACAAAUAGACAACAGCUAACAUUUGCGUUCAAUCACUUCCCACCCUGAGUGUGACAUCAGCGACCAAUGGUGAAUAGGCUAUGGCCAUCAGCACCACGUGUUUUCAACAAAUCAUAUUAGCUUCACCUCUGUCACACAAUGACAUAGUCCGUUUCUGGCCUGACCGAGGACUAAUACUGAAAACUUGAGACAUUAAACUCCCAAUGAGUCCCUGGACAUUCAGUUUUUAAUGGCUGUCGUCAUAAAUCCUUUCCGCCUGUUAUCUUUCAGGUCCAGCAGGGGGCCAGGGGCCCGGGGUCGGUUUCUGGUUGGGCCAAGAGUCUUACGCUCUCAGGAACUUAGAAACAGAGUCUUCGGCGAGGGCCGAGAUGAAUUAGUUUUACAAUAAUGUGUCUGAAGACAACACAGCACUUUGCCCUAAAAAAUGUACUAAGACCCAGCUUUCCUUCUGUACAGCUGAUAGAAUGAGACUCUGUUUGAUGUAAUUGCUGAAGACAAUGAAUGCCAGCGUGCAGUCAGUGAGUUCAGAUCUCCUCAGUGUAUUUAAUUUCUUGUUUACAGUGGAGACGAAGGACGUCCUCCUCUCUCAUCCAUUAUAAUGAGAUAUGUUAUCUCUGUCAUUUUGCAUCGUUGCUGCGCCGGCCUGCAUCCGUUUCAUCAUCCACAACUCACGUUAGCCAAAAGCUGCACAAAAAAAAAAAAAGAAUAUGUAAAUACAUAUAUGAAAAUUUAAAAUUAUUUUUCCUUUAUACAAGCACUUUUAUGCACCCUGGUUUCUACAAAACAUGUUUGUAUUUAUGUCCAGUUGUUUUCUACUUCAUUCAAGACUUCCGCAAUGUUCUUUAACAGCUGGAGAACAGCUUGUUGGACUUGUACUUCAGCUCUGGUACUGCUUGAUUUUUUUUCCUUCACUGUACAAAGUUUAUGCAAAAAAAAAAAUAUUUGAAGAACAUCUGUGUGAAAAAAAGGUCUGCCAUAAAAUGUCACUUCACCUGGAAAAUGUAACUCAGGGACUUUUUUACAUCAGCAGCCAUUUCAUCAGUCAUCAUCUUUGGGUUGCCAAAAUAGACUCACAAUGUCAGGAGAAUAAAAGUAGUAACUUUUAAGGAAAAAGUCAUAAUAUAAAAAAAGUCAAUAUUUCGGAAAUUAGGUUAUAUUUUGAUUUAAAAAAGUAAUUCUGGAAAGAAAAACCAUACUUGGAAAAAAAAAAGUUAGAUUGGAAUAAAGUAGUUAUUUUCAGGAGGGUUAGAAUUUAAGAUUAAUAUUAAUAUAUACUAUCUUCAAAUAAAGUUGUUGGGUUUUUUCUUUACAAAAUAUUUUUGACCCUCAGGAAACCAAAACCUUACAAAAUGACAUUUAUACUUGAGGUAUAGAAUAUGACUGUAUUCUUGAAAUAUUCCUUUUUCCCCCCCUUGUAGACUUUACAAAGUAAUAGUGUCCCUUUGUCUCUUGAAUUUGGACUAGUAAUUCUUUUCUCAAAUUACUAGUUGGUUCAUGUAACUUUACAUUUUCUCAAAACAUUUGGAUCUUAUUCACAUUAUUAUUAUUAUUAUUAUUAUUAUUAUAAGUUUUUUAACAGUGGCCCUGCUACUCUGUUGUACACACCAACUCCCUGCUCUGCUCUGACAGCAGACAAAACAGACCAGGCCCACGCGUCACUGACAGAAAUCUGACAGCACUUAAUUAUUUAAAAUGAAGUAAGAUACAGUGAAGUGAAUGCUAGAGCGUUUGAAAAUGAGAAACGAUUCAUAUGCUUAUGUGUGUGCAUAAAUGUGUGUUUAUACUGUGAAUGAUCAGCUUGGCUCGUCUUCUCACCUUCCAUUUGUACAUGGCCGACAUGACAUGUGACAACUUUUUCUUUCCUCCUAUGCUGUUUGAAUAAAGACUCAACACUGUGA